AUGUCUUCAGCCAAGGAAAGAGCUCAAAAGUUGAAGGAAGAUGGUGUGAUUGAUCGCCUCAAUAAUGAAAGUAAGGAUUCUCAUACAGAAAACACAAAAUCGUUAGAUCCUGUUGAAGAACUAAAAGCUAAACUGCAAGAGGCAAAAGAUAAACAGGAUCAUUUACUAGCAGCCAGACUACGAAAGGAAUUAUGGAUAAUGCAAGAUAAAAUAACAGGGUUUGCUCCAGCGGAAGAAAAACUCGAACGAUCUGCUUUUGAAAGUAACACAGAUUCCUGUUCUACAUUCACAAAUUCUAAGUUAACGUCAAGAAAACAAGCAGAGAAACGAUUUCGACGUUUAAAGAAGAAACUUGUUCAAAUUGAGAAACUUAAAAUGAAACGCGAAGAAGGAGAAAUAAUGGAAGAUCUUCAGACAAAGAUACAAAGGUACAAAGAUACAAAGGUACAAAGAUACAAAGAUACAAAGAUACAAAGGUACAAAGAUACAAAGAUACAAAGAUACAGACAGAGGAAGUGAUCUUGAAAGAAAUCGGGAAAAUCGAAGAAUUUUUGGGUUAAUUGUGGAUUCUAAGAGAUAAAAAUGAAUGGCGUCUUCUACCAUCUUAGACUUCAAAACGAAAUGAAGUUAACCUUCAUGGGCAGACAGAGAGCACAGGCAUAGCAUUGAAUGCUGAACUUAUGAUCUUUCGUCGACAAAACUUUAAUAAAUCUUGUCGACGAAACAACUCGCGAUGUUUAACGUCACUAGGCACAAUGUAAACUAAGAUUACAUGUACUCAACAGCUGUCGUUUUUACGUGAAUUUACGGCUUACUAUUAUCAUGAAUUGCCAUAAUGUCAAUUACAUUUAAAGUUUUCCAUUAUAAAACAUUUUUCAAA